GCCUCCCGUCCUGAAGUUUUGAGGAGAGAAGGAGGGAGCGGGCAGCGACUCUCCUCGGCUCCGCGCCAGGCGAGGCUGGGGCUUGGGUCCCGGCCAGCCUUCCCCCGGCCAGAGCCUGCCGUCUUCUUUCUCUCCCUGCUGCUUCGUCCCCUCAGUGCGCUCGUCGGAGCUCUGAGAGGCGCCCGCGCCGAUGAUUUGCAAGUGAGACUUCAGCUGUGUAUCUCCAACUUGUUCCAACAAGAUGUUUACCCCAAAUCCUGCAAAUUGGGUUACAUUUGAAGAUGAACCCCUAUUCCAUUCUCCUCAGAAAGCAGGGGGAAGUCAUAGUGCCUGCAAAGCAAAUGGGCUUAAACUCCAUCUGCCUAAAAUGCCUGAUUCCUUGAACCAAUCUCCAUCUUCCAGCAAUACUCCUCUCUCCUCUCCUGUAGUUGACUAUUACUUUAGCCCUGGACCUCCUAGCAAUUCUCCACUAUGUACACCCACUAAAGAUUAUCCUGUCAGCCCUUUAUUUUCAAAAUCCGGAAUUCACCACCUUUAUCCUAUUCCAGAGUUGUCAUCCAACAUUAAUAUUCUGCCAGUGGGUGGGCCAUCUUCUCAAAAAAUGACUGGUACCCCUCAGGCUCAGCAUCACUCAGAAUGUUUAAUCUCAGAGCCAUUAGAUGGUGCAAAUGCCACUCAUCAGGAAAGCACAAAGAAAUCAGAAGAUUCCCUGGAAUCACAAACAUUCUUCCAAUACAUUCAGAAUGACUGUGCUUUUGCUAGUCCAUUUUGGUCAGAAGAUUCACCAGAUACACCCAUCAAUGUGCACAAAAAGGAUGCAAACCUUGAAAAGGAUAAUGGCUCUUCCAGUGAAAAGGGCAAGUUCCCUGAUCAGAAAAGUCUCAAUCAGGGAUCAUUCCACUAUAUUUGUGAGAGGCUUGAGCACUUGCAAACUGAUACUUCAGAUAAUGAAAGGACUCUGACAACCAUGCCAUACAUGUAUAUGGGAGAUGGCUUUUCUUCGUUUCUUCCACACAGCCUCUUCAGCAGCCAAAGAAAAGAUGGCUGGCCUUUCAUGUUGAGGAUUCCCGAAAAGAAGAAUAUGAUGUCAUCAAGGCAGUGGGGGCCUAUAUACCUUAAGGUCUUACCUGGAGGAAUCCUACAAAUGUAUUAUGAAAAGGGCCUUGAGAAACCUUUCAAAGAAUUUCAGCUGCAGCCAUUUUGUAAACUUUCAGAACCCAAGCUAGAGAACUGCAGUAUCUCUGGGAAAAUCCAUACUGUGAAAAUUGAGCAUGUGUCUUAUGUGGAGAAAAAGAAGUAUCAUCCCAAAGCUGAAGUGGUUCAUGAACCAGAGAUAGAGCAGAUGCUAAAGCUGGGAACGACUGAUUACAAUGACUUCACUGACUUCCUGGUGAUAGUGGAGGAAGAGUUAAUGAAGCUUCCUGUUAUUUCAAAACCAAAAAGACACUAUGAAGAACAGGAAAUGAUCCUGGAGAUAGUGGAUGACUUUACAGGGAGGAUCACUAAAGCAGAAGGGAAGCUAGUUGAAAGUGCUGUCAUCACCCAUAUUUAUUGCUUGAGUUUUGUGAAUGGAAACUCUGAGUGCUUUUUGACGCUGAAUGAUCUGGAGCUUCAGAGGAAAGAUGAGCACCUCUUUGAAAAGGAUGCGAAAAAAUGGAUUGAAAUCAUUGACUAUCACUUCCAUCAAUGUGUGAAGAAACAAGAAUUUGAGCAGUCAAGGAUAAUUAAAUUUACACCUACAGAAGGUUGUAGGUUAGAACUGAUGCGUUUCAGGACAUGGUAUAAUGGAGGUGAUCUUCCAUUUUCUGUCAAGGCCAUGGUGGUAGUACAAGGAGCUUAUGUUGAACUGCAAGCUUUCAUAAACAUGUCCUGUUCUGCUCUGACUUCAGUGCAUUCAAAUUCCAUGAAACCCUGUGAAAGUAUUAUGGUACACUUUCCUAUUCCCUCACAGUGGAUUAAAACUCUUUGGACCAUGAACCUUCAAAGACAGAAGUCUCUGAAAGCAAAAAUGAACAGAAGAACAUGCCUUGGCUCUUUAACUGAGAUUGAAUCUGAUCCUGUAAUACAGGUCUCCAUUGGAACAGCCAGAUAUGAAAGUGCCUAUAGAGCUAUUGUGUGGAAGAUUGACAGACUUCCAGAUAAAAACUCAAGUCCAGAUCACCCGCACAGUUUGUCUUACAAGCUAGAACUUGGAUCGGAUCAGGAAAUCCCCUCUGAUUGGUAUCCCUUUGCCACAGUGCAGUUUGUUGUGCCUGAUGCAUGCGCUUCCGGAACUGAAGUUAAAUCAUUGGGCAUCGAGAGUGACAUCCAACCCCAGAAACAUGUGAUACGUAAAGCAUGUUACAACUGCCAGGUUGAAAUUGAGAAGAAAUGGAUAAGGCUUGAUGGCGAAGAUUCCAAUAAAUGUGGCAGUUGUCAAAUGCAGUAGUGAGGAAUCGAACUGAAGAAAGUAGUCUGGUGUGCUGUUAGGACUGUGGGGGAAAGUGCUUUAUAUUUUGCCUCCAAAUGAGUUUGCAAGGCAGUGGACUUCAGCUUAUUCCCUGCAGUUUGUCAUGUUGAAAGAUCAGAUACCAUUGGAAGUUUGUGCUCCUAACUUUUAGCUUACUGACCAAUGUUGUCCUUUAAAAAGCUAAAGCACACAAAGUCAAUUCACAGUAUCUUGAAAAUUAAUUGCACUUGAUAUGAACUCUUGUAAGGCAGUUGGCUAUGAAGCAUUUAGACUUAACAUCAAAUAUAUAUUUUGCCAUGGUCCAGAAAGGUAAAUUAUAAAUUUCAAAUUAAGUUCUGUAUUACAGUAAACCUGCAACUUAUGUGGGGGUUAUAUUCCGGGGAUUGCACCUAAAGCCAAAAUUGUGUACAGUCCAAACACAUAGGGUUCAGUGUUGGGUGGGACUGCCAAAGUCAUUUUUCAUAGAAUCAUAGCGUUGGAAGGGACUCCAAGGAUCAUCUAGUCCAACCUCCUGCAGUGCAGGAAUAAGCAGCUGUCCCAUACAGGGAUCAAACCUGCAGCAUUGGCAUUAUCGGCACCAUGCUCUAACCAACUGAGCUGUUCAGGCUGAUUCCUGGAACCCCACCUUUCCACCCUCUUUUUAUUUAUUUUUUAUUUUUUGCCAUGAACACAUAGCUGAAUGCAAACAAGUUAAAUGUGCAUAAGUUGUGGACAUACUGUAUAUAUAUUUGUAGGCACUUUGUGAAUGUAAUCAUAUGUCUUGCUCUUCCCAGUAUUGGUAAAUAAUGCAAGCCUAAAGUAUAUUGAAAAGGGGUGUCAUUUGGCAGAGCAGAUAAGAGUUUCAGUGGCUCAUAAAUGGGAUCUUUUUGGAUUAUUCCACUAUAUUAUUCCUGUACAGAGGAAUAUAUGUACAGUAUGGAAAAUGUUACUUUUGAAUCCCAAAUCUACACUGGCUUUUCAGAAUAGUUCCUGUCAGGAAUUUAAUUCAUUGCUUUCAGCAUUUCUUUGAAAUCUAUGGCAUACAUUCUUCCACACAGGAAGACAUACCAUGUUUCAAAUAGCUUAUAAGUGCUGCUCUUUUGGCCUCUCCUGUUUGAAUCUGUAAAUGGAGGUUUUUACCUUUCGUUCUUUGGAAGGGGACUCUGCCUGGGCUCAUGGGGGGGGGAAGCAUUGUGGGUAAUAAAAAGUCUUGACCUGAAAGGAUGAGGCAAAGUUUUCAUUUCAGGAUCUUGGACAGAACAGAGUUAUUUUUAAGACAUUGCCAACUACUAUGAAUUAUUUUGGAUCUUCAACAGGAACAGAUGUUAGAUCUGGAACAAAAGCAUGUCCUGAAUUGCUAGUCAAAGAAGCUAUAAGAUCCAGGAGACUCCGGAAGAACGUGGAAAGCGAAAUGUUCCUUUGCGUUGCCAGCUAAGCUAGAGUUUGCUUAAGGGGUGUGCCACAGAAGACUUCUAAGUCCGAAGGAAAGAUGAAACUGUAAAUGCUUUGACAAUCACCUUAACCUUUUAGAUGCUGACUUUUAAGCUUGUAGGACAGUUCUACUUGUCCCCUUGUGGGAGACAUCAUCUUUGUCCUUUACUUUUUGAGGCCUUUCUUGUAUACUCUAGAAGCCAGAGAAGUGUCUGUCUCUGUUUUAAUCUGUAUUGAUGGCUUUCUGCUUUAUUGCAAUUGCUCUAGAUGAUAUCUUUGCUGUGUGUAAGUCUUUUUGGAAUAAAGCUGUAAUAGCAUACUUCAUCUCACUUUAAUAUUUUGUCCCUGCUGCAGAUAUUAAAUAUGGACCUUAACACUUCAGCUAAUUCGCCCCAAAGGGAAAAUGAUUUAGAAUAAAUUGAGUUUUAUUAAUCUGGGAAAACAUAGUUUAUAUUAUAAUUCCAGUUCAAUGGAAGUGGAUAUUAAGUUACAAUCUCAAUUGUCUAUGUAGCUUUGUCCCAACAGUUAAUUUUGAAGAUACAACAGCUUCUCUAAUCUCAUUUUACUAGUAAAUUGUCUUGAAAUGUCAAAAGAGCCUUUAGGUGAUAAUAGCUCUGGUAUAUGCUGUUUGUUAGAUGGAUGGUUGGGUUUUUGAUUUUUUGUCUCAGAGGAGGAAAAUUGUUGGUUCUUGCUUUAGGUCAUAUUGAGGCUCAAAUACUAGCCAAUUUGCCUUUCACAUUUAGGCUGUCAUUUUCAAGCUUAUCUGAUAGCUCAAACCCCAUUUAUUUCAACAGGAUUCUGUUGUACUCUGGUAUAAAAAAACCAUAACGCUUUCCAGAUUUUUAAGGGUGGUGAAUGCAUUUUGGAAAAGGGAAAUGGGUCUUGUCUCCAGCGCAGAAUUCCAGAGGUCUAACUCUUCAUUUUAAAUCAUUGGUUGAAGAGAACUGUGCACACCGUCACUUGUGAAGGGUGGUGCAACUGUGUUGCUUUGCAUACUUGUUGGUUGGUAAGGCAGUGCGUACCUCUGCUUACUUAAGUGGAUAGUUCAAUUUCUGUGUGGAUCAGUGUGCUUUAAAGCAGGCUUUACUCAUUUUUGCUAUUUGUUUGCUUUUGAAAAGAUGUUUGAUUAUUGCCCAUGUUUCCAAGCCACAAAAGAAUACACCUAUUAGUAUCCUCCAAACUGAGAAUUUUGGGUGGAAUUCAACACCAUACUCAUUCCAUGAGUGCAAGCAUUUCUACUUACCAGGUAGAAUGAUCUCCCCUCUUUUCCCUCCACACACUGCUCUGGGGGUUCUCCUGACCCCCCUGAGCAGAUUGAGGAAGGCAUGAGGAGAGGCGAGAAGGGCAAAGUCCCCUUGUGCUGAUGGGACUCAUUCCACUGGCUUCUGCUAGUAGCAACUAUCCUUCAACUAUCCCUAACCUAGUCAUGUUCAGGUGUAGUUCAGAGCACAGUGUCCAGUUUUGGACAAUUAAAUAUCAGAAUUAGGAGGAUGAUAAGUUUAUGGGUUAUGUGGAAGUGUGAAAACACAAAACACUACAUGGAUGAGAAUUCAGCCAUGACAUGCUGUUCCUAGAAACACUUUUCUUGAGAAAGUUGCGUUGAGUCUUACACAACACUUUGAUAGCCACAAUAAAGCAAAUUCAUUUGAUUGCAGGGUGAACUUAGAUCCAAGCAAAUGUGAAUCCUUAAAAUACUUUUGGCAAGUCAGGCCAGACAGCAGCUGAAGUCAGAUUUGGGUUUAGAUUUCUUCUUCAACCUAACUCUAAGGUAAUGGAACAAAUACUAGUGAGAGAAUUUUGCUUCUUAGUAUCAAGAAACAACUAGAGUUCUGAAUAUUCUAUGCCUUAAAAAUAUAUGAAAGUCUCCUUCUGUUGUGCUCAGAAGGUUUGGUUUCACAUACUGCUGACUAACCCCCCCCCCAACAUACAUAGUGGUCUCCCCCUUGUGUCUGCAUCCCUGAGCCCUCCCAUUAAGCCAGGAGUGGGGAACCUUGUUCAGGCCACAUGUCAAAGGAGAGUAGGCCCAGAAGCCAAACUGGAUUGAGGAGUGAACUUAAAUGUGCCUUUAUGUUGUUGUUGUUGUUUAGUCGUUUAGUCGUGUCCGACUCUUCAUGACCCCAUGGACCAGAGCACGCCAGGCACUCCUGUCUUCCACUGCCUCCCGCAGUUUGGUCAAACUCAUGUUCGUAGCUUCGAGAACACUGUCCAACCAUCUCGUCCUCUGUCGUCCCCUUCUCCUAGUGCCCUCCAUCUUUCCCAACAUCAAGGUCUUUCCCAAGGAUUCUUCUCUUCUCAUGAGGUGGCCAAAGUAUUGGAGCCUCAUCUUCACGAUCUGUCCUUCCAGGGAGCACUCAGGGCUGAUUUCCUUCAGAAUGGAUAGGUUUGAUCUUCUUGCAGUCCAUGGGACUCUCAAGAGUCUCCUCCAGCACCAUAAUUCAAAAGCAUCAAUUCUUCAGCGAUCAGCCUUCUUUAAUGUGCCUUUAUAGGGUAGGCUAAUAUCUGUUCACCCUCUCUAUGAAGCCGCUGGGAGAGAUCAUCAGGGCGUUUGGGCUGGGUAUUCACCAGUAUGCAGAUGAUACCCAGCUCUACCUCUCUUUUAAAUGAGAACCAGUAAAGGCGGUGAAUGUCCUGUGUGAGUGCCUGGAGGCAGUUGGAGGACGGAUGGCAGCUAACAGAUUGAGGUUAAAUCCUGACAAGACAGAAGUACUGUU